CUCUCGCCCCUCCUGUGCCUCUUGUCGCGCCCACUCGCCUUUCCCCGCCCGGAGAAAGAGACACCACACAGCAACCAUGGAGGCCGUCGUCUCCCAGUGCUUUGAGAGCAUCCUCAGCCCGGCCGCCGGGUCCCGUGCGCAGGCCGAGGCCCAGCUGGACUCGCUCGGCAGCGAUCCCGGGUUUCCCCUUUUCUUGACUCGCGUCCUCCUGGACAAGACCUCCGCGCGGUCCUACCGCCAGCUGUCGGUUACCACGCUCAAGCGCUACAUCGGCCGCCACUGGGACAGUUCCUCGCCGGAUGACACCUUCGUCGGGCCGGAGACGCCGGAGGACGUCAAGCGGACGAUCCACGCGCAGCUGCUGCCGGCGCUGGCCGAGGAGGACCGCUCGCUCCGUCUGCUGAUCGCCAACUUGAUCGCCAUCAUCGCGGCGCACGACUGGCCCACCAACUGGCCGGAGCUCUGGCCCUUCCUGCUUUCCUCGCUGAAGUCCUACAGCUCGGCCACCGGCGAGGUGCCGGCCGUGUCCUACGGGUCGGUGUUCGCUCUAUCCGAGUUCAUCGACCAAAUCCCGACGUCCCUCCUGCUGGAGAUGGCGGCCGACCUGCUGCCCACCCUGCACGGCAUUGUGGCCGACAACGCGUGCCCGCUCCCCCUGCGCGCGCGCACUCUGCGCAUCUUCGGCACCGUGUGCCAGGCCCUCUCGGCGCAUCUGGACACCGACCGGUCGGUCAUCAAGAACAUCGCCACCACCUACUUCCCCAACUGGGUGGCCCUGCUGCAGGGGCUCUUCCAAACCCUCUCGCCGGAUUGCAUUGCCGGCCAUUCCGACAAGGAUGGCCUCCUGCUGGAGGCGCUCCAUGUGCUGGGCAACCUGUCGGAGAGCUUCCCCAAGCUGGUGGACGCCUCGCUGCCGACCUUCCUGCUGUAUGUGGGCAACUUGCUGCUGAAUCUGAAGACUCGCUUCCGCGAGGAGAUCCUCGAGUCCGAGGAGGCGUCCGUGUCUUCGAAUGACGGGGACAACGUCAGCUUCUCGUACCUGCUGCAGUCGCUUAUGGAGUUCUUCCAGGUGGCCUUCACCCGGUCGACCUUCCGCAAGCUCUUGCGCCCGGAGCUCCCGAACCUGGUGCCGGUGCUGCUGGAAUACAUGCAGAUCAGCGACUCGAAGAUCUCCCUCUGGCUUGAGGAUCUGGAGGCCUUCCUGAGCGAGGACGACCCGGAUACCUUUGCCUUCAGUUGCCGGAUCACGGCCGAGCGCUUGCUCUUCUCCAUGCUGUCCGGCACGACCGGGGCCUUCCAGCGGGCUGCCUGUCAGGCGGUGGUCACCUCGGCGCAGGAGAUCGCCGGCCAGCAGCUCUCCCUGACCAACUGGAAGCUCUUCGAGGCGUCGAUGCUCAUCAUCGGCCGGUCAUGCGAGGAGAUCGCCGAGACCCUGCCCGAGCUGGAUUUGGCCAGCUAUGUGACGGCGGUGGUGCUGCCCUGUCUGCAGAUCAAGGAGCUCCCCUUCCUGAGUGGCCGUGCCCUUUGGCUGUCCAGUGAGCUGGCUGCCCAUCUGCCCAUUGGCCUGGCGGAGAAGAUCUACGAGUACUCGAUUGAGCGCUUGGACCCGGAGUUCCCGGUCCCCCUGCGCGUGGCGGCCCUGCGGGCGAUUCACAACUUCGUGGAUAUCAUGGACCCGUCGCGCACGUCGGCGCACGCGGAGUUCCUCCUGCGCAACCUGCCGCUGCUCAUCCACUCGAUGUUUGAUGGCGGUGCGGUGUCGAUCGAGGCGCACACGAGCGACAUGCACAUCCUCAUCCUGGACACGCUGCAGAGCAUUGUCAACUCCAAUGUCCAAUGUGCCGUGCGCCUGGGCACGGAGCUGGUCCAGCCGCUGCUGGAUCUUUGGGUGAAGACCCGUUCGGAUGUCAUGAUCGGGCCGCUGUACGUGGCCCUGAUCGGGGCUCUGGUGCCGGAGAGCCUUCCGGUCAACGAGCUGGUGACUCGGGCCUCGUGCAUGAUCCUGUCGGAGUCGAGCCCGGAUACGGAGGUCCUCCUGUCGUCGGCCUUCGAGCUGCUCGGGACAUGCAUUCGCCAUGUGCCGCAAACGUCGGUGGAUGACCUGCUGCAAGUGGCCCUGCCGGUGACGGUGGCCGUCAUGAACAAGCACCUGGGGGACUCGUACAUUCAGCAGCACUCGGCGUAUGUGCUGCGGUAUGCGCUGCACCGGUCGCCGCGGAGCCUGGCAAGCGUGCUGCUGGCGCCGGACAUGAGCGUCCUGUCGGUGGCCGUGUCGCAUGUGGUGGGCUUGCUGACGGCCGUGGAGCCGGGGCUUGGCAAUGGCGGCGGGCCCGGGGCCGGCGGGGCGUCGGCCGGAUCGGCCGGCAACUUGGAUUACGUGGCGCCGGAUGCCGGGGCCGGGGACGACACCUGCUCGCUGGCCCUGCCGGCCCUGUGUGUGCAGCUGAUUCGCCGGCGCCAGGAGUGUGGCCUGGCCGAUGGGGACCUGAACCGGCUGCUGGAUGCGCUGCUGCUGCGCCUGGAGCGGCGUCCCUCGCGGGGCCUGCGCCAGCAGCUGGUGCUGGCCUUCGCGCGGCUGAUCCUCUCAGAUGCCGGGGCCACCACUGGCUUCCUGUCGGCCUGGCAGUCGUCGGCCACCGGGGCCAAUGGGCUGGUGGUGCUGCUGGAUGGGUGGUCCGCGACGGACUUCGACUCGGACCUGCACACGGUGCUCAGCGCCCGGGCCCUGGCCACGCUCAUGAGCAUGAAGAUCUCCCCGCUGUACCAGAUCCCGGUGUCUUACUCGUCGAUCUUCGAUGCCCCGGAGUCCAAGGGCAAGCGCGCCACGCGCUCGGCCAAGGCCAAGGCCGCCAAGGAGACCGCCGUGGUCAUCCCGGCGCAGUUCUGGGCCCUGAAGUCCCUGGUGACCACCGCGCACCUGGCCCUGCAGGAGCACACCCUGAUCACCGGGAACCUGGCCCGGCAGAAGGACAUCCUGCUGGGCGGCCAGGCGGCCGGCCGGGGCGCCGACAGCGAUGACGAGCAUUCCUCCGACAGCGACGGCUCCGACGAGGAGGGCGGCGGCUCGGGCAUGCCCUCCUUCGAGGCGUCCACCGGGUCGCCCUUCUCCGACCCCAAGGCGCUGAGUUUCCUGGCCGAGUACGGCCUGAGCGAGGACUUCUUCGACAGCGACCCGAUCGGCGGCGGGACCGACGCCUCGAUUGACCAGGACUUCGAUGUCUUCGAGUCGGAUUUCGGCCCUGGCGCCCUGCCUGGCCUGCUGCCCGCCAUGUUCGACAUCUUCAUCGGCCUCUCGAAGCAGGACAUCUGCCAAUCGACCCGCGAGUCGCUCACGGGCAGCGAGGUGGCGGCGAUGACCAAGUUCUUCCAGGCUGCCAACGAGCAGCACGUGGCUGCUCCGGUCAGUGAUAAGUGAAAAUGGCGUUCGGCGGACGGGCGCCCCACGGCGUAUCGUUGUAGAUUGGCGCCGGUUCUGAUGUGCGCCGGUUCUGGGAUCUGGUUCUGGGGCGCGUUCCCCACAAUCCCCGGCAGCCGGUUUGAUGCUUGCCCGCGCGGCCGUGCGCCGGCAGGUAGCCCCCUCCCCCC